ACAUUUACCUUCACUACUUCCAACAUUAUCACCAGCACCAUGAUUAUUACCAUCACCACCUUUACCCUGCCAUUGCCAUCAUAACCUCUGCUCCAUGUAGGGAAUUGCCAACUCUUCAUACUUAAUUUUCACCACCACCGCCACCACCAACACCUCCCAGUCGUCAUCACCCCAUCGUCACUAGUACCCUCACCUUAACAUCAUGUCAUCAGCACUUUCAUCACCUGAGUCACCAGCGGCCCGUUCUCACCACCCCAUCACCACUAAGUUUACCACAACUACUACGCUGUGACUCCAUCACCACCACCACAACUACCCUUACUAUUACAUCAUCACCACAGCCACAUCACCUCAUCCCUACUCAUUACACCUCUCCCCCACACCAUCACCACCACCAGCACCACCCAUCGCGGCGCGGCUCUGAGGUGGGCGCCGCCUUUGUUCAGUAAUCCUCCCGCCUCGACCUGACAGCUCGUGGGAGAGGUGUGAAAAUACCUUUCUUCGCUAUUUUCACCUGGAAAGAAAAGAUAUUUGUCGACAAUUCCACCAGAGUUACCGGGAGAGGAUUUAUCUACCGGUUUGUUCGUCUCCCUUACGUGUCUCUGAGUGUUUCUCCUCGACGUAAUGUUUUUUGGAAGAAGGAAGACAGUUUUGGGGCGAGAAGCGCGGCAGGAAAGUAUUGGUUUAUGCCAACUUGGUGGGUGGUUGUGUGUCUGCAAAUAUUGACUCAAAUCAGGCAAGUCGUUGAGUCGUGCACGUACCUCCGCCUCCCCGCCCUUCCCGGCCAAUGAGCGGGCGGCGCCACAAAGGGGAGGGGCGUCCCUGCACAAACCCCUGUGAUGGGUGUGCUCUCGCGCCAGUGGGAGGAGUCGAGGUGAGUAAAAUGUUGGGCGGACAGGUAGAAGGUCACCAGUCCCGCGACCGUGAGGGAAGGUAGUGCGUGUCCCGCCGGUGUGUGACGCUUCCGUUCCUUCCGCACCAGUGAGCGCGACCACGAUGGUGAACCUUGGCUGCGGCGGCACGUACCGAGCAAGUACCAGCAACAUGGAUUCCGGCGCGCCCCUCAAACACUCCUUCUCCAUUAGCUCCCUGCUGUCCGAGGCUGUCCUCAGCGCUGCUCCUGAAGACACGGCGGAGCAGCCAGCGAGGGACGACGACCUCAGUCUGCAGGACUUUGAGAUGACAGCGGCGGGGGACGAGGAGGAGGAGGACAUUGACGUGACGGGUGCAGGCAGUCCCCCAGCAGCUGUUAUGUCUGACUCUGAGACAGAGGAGGCAGAAAAGGAAGAAGACAAGGAGACCAAAAAGAAGGAAGGCGAAGAAAAGAAGAAGCAUGAGAAGCCUCACUUUAGUUACAACGCGCUCAUCAUGAUGGCCAUCAGGUCCUCCCCAGAGAAGCGCCUCACGCUUAGCGGCAUCUACGAGUUCAUCAUGAAGAACUUUCCGUACUACCGCGAGAACAAGCAGGGCUGGCAGAACUCCAUCCGCCACAACCUGAGCCUCAACAAGUGUUUCGUGAAGGUGCCGCGCCACUACGAUGACCCCGGCAAGGGUAACUACUGGAUGCUCGACCCCUCGGCCGACGACGUCUUCAUCGGCGGCACCACGGGCAAGCUGCGGCGCCGCUCCACCGCCGCCUCCAGGAACAGACUUGCUGCCUUCAAGCAGUCUCUCCUCGCACGCUUUGGCUGCUACUCUCCUCUGGGCCUGGCGCCGUACGCAGCAGCGGCGGCGGCUGCUGGAUUUGGGGGGCCCAUGAGCGCCCUACCUGGAGCGCUUACUUCAGGCCUCGCCUCCUCCACGCUCUACCAGCAGGCGUCUGCAGCGGCGGCAGCUGCAGCUCUGUACCGCGGAUACCCGCCUACGUACUACCCUGGCCUACUGCACGCCAGCCACAUGAGUCCAGGGGCACCUCCUCCGGGGCCGCCGCCACCCACAGGUCUGCCCAAGACAACUACCCUCAGUCCACCACCCCAACAGCCCCCCGCCGCUUUCAGCGUCGACCACCUGCUGUCUGAUGCUGCCCAUCCAUCAGGUGCCCCGCCGAGGGGCCUGCUGGCAGGCCUGGGCGGCCUGUCAUCUCAAGCCCACCACGACGCGUAUCGGAACUCCCUCCUGGCGCAGGUGGGGGAAGCCGGACGCCGAUCAAACCUCCAUCGGCCCGUCACGGUGGUGGGCGGGAGGCCCAGCUAACUCCUGCUUCCCGCCCCGCCCGGACGCUCACACCUACGGAACGUCCUCGGCGACCCCCGCACCCCGUCCACCCAUCCGCCCACCAAACGCUGCCCUCAUGCCCUCACACCUCCUGUUGGUCGCGAUCCUUCACCACCACCACCAUCUCCGCAGCCGUCACCACCAGCACACCCGCUGCUGUGUGAGGCCACAAGCCACAAGGCGGCCGAGCCCAUACUUACUCAUCGGUGACUCCCACAGGGCAGCGUCCACCUCCUUCCUCCUCUGGUGGGUCGAGGCGCCUCUCCGCAGCCUGACGGAGGGCCUUGCUGUACCUGGAUCCAAUCCUUCAAAGCCUUCCGUCACAUCGCUGGCCUCUCGUCGCCCUCCCAAGAAAGGCGACGCCCUGAGGUCCCACCGUGCAGUUCCUUUUCAAGUGUACCUUCACGUGGUGGCUCAUGAUGCUGCCAGGGCGGCCUCGCGUCCCUCAGGUGGCUCCUUAACAUCAAAAUGCGCGCCCUGUGUUCCCCGACCCUCUCAUGUGCACCGCGCAGACACUCCUGCGCCGUGCGGCACGCUCGAUUCCCGCUACAGUUAAAGUCUCCGGGGCUGCUCAUUGGCGGGCCUCGCUCGGGAUCGCUGUGGCGUGGAGGCAAUAACUAGACGGUCGAUUAAACUGUGUGUCCGCUGAACCCCUGUACUUAACGCCCUCCCGCGCUCCAUACAUACGUGUCCGCCCUCAGUGCUCCGCGUGGCUUACUUCCCUUCUCAUCCACCUCUCCUCCCUUCUCCUCGCAGAGACAAAUGUGUAUGAUGGCGAUGUAUAAUAAUUCCUGUAUAUAGUCGUAUAGGCAAGCAAUGACGAUCGAAGGCUGCCUACUCUUAGCAUGUAGUAUUAUUAUCAUCAUAUCCCAGACCAAAGAUACCAGAUAAUUGUUUGUUGCCGCUUGUUGUAUUUUUGUAAUAAAACAUAUAUGGUAUUUA